CGACGUCUUAGGGCUUAGGCUUACUUCUCAGGAGCCAUGGGCGAGGAGUAUUUGGGGCACACUGGCGAGUUCUUCCGGCGGAUCGAUUGGUGGCGCCGCGAUCCCAAGCUCCAGGUGACCGCCAAACACAUGGCGCCAGGAUUGGGCACCGCCGCCGUCGCCUUUGCCGCCUUCUGCGUCGGCGAGUUCGUGUGGGACAAGAUCCGGGGCCCCAAGGAGCACCACGGCGACGCCCAUCACUGACAAGAAAGAGAGAAAUCAAGCCAGAGAUGUGUCUUUCUUCUUUCUUGUUCUUGUUUUCUCAGAAUGAAGAUGCAAAAUUUCUUUUGUCUUGCAAGAAAAACCUUUUUUUCUCCAAGAAGCUAGGCUUGGAUGAUGAUACAUUUUAGCCAAAGUUUGAGCUGGAUCGUCGACUCUCAAGCGGGGCUCUUGGCAAAUUCACCAGCCUGUGCCGAUUUUCUUCUUGAGCCAGCAGUGAUAAGAGCUUUGGACCGAGAAAUAUAAAAAUGUAUCUGACAAUAAAUUUUUAGGGUUCUUCGCAGUGCCCUGAGCGCCAAUGAUGAUCAAUGCGGAGCGCUGCUGCGCAAUCCGGAAUCUUCCCGACCGCCGUUCGUCCCAGCUGCCGGCUCCUCGGCCAAGAGCUCAAGUGUUCUUUCCAAGGGUGUGCUGCGUGAAUGCCGGCGCUCUCGUCAUCGAGGAGCAAUCCAAGAAUGCGGAGAAAUUUACGAGCAGUGCUGCCAGAAUCCAGGAGAAAGUGGGAAGAUUUCUUCAAGAGAAGCUUAGCUUGAAUCACUGGAUUGUUGGCGACUAUUACAAUCUUGUCGCGGAUGUCAACAAGCUGGAACCCGAGAUGAAAGCGUUAUCGGACAAACAGCUAAGAGCAAAGACGGACUACUUUCGACGGCGACUCGCAGCUGGGGAGAGCUUGAAUGACAUUCAAUCUGAGGCAUUUGCUGUUGUACGUGAAGCUGGGCGAAGGCAGCUCAAUAUGCGGCAUUUUGACGUCCAGAUUGUAGGUGGCGCAGUUCUCCACGAUGGAAGUAUUGCGGAAAUGAAGACUGGAGAAGGGAAAACUUUGGUCUCCACUCUAGCAGCCUAUCUCAAUGCUCUAACAGGCGAGGGCGUCCAUGUGAUAACUGUCAACGAUUAUCUAGCUCAACGAGACGCGGAAUGGAUGGGCCAAAUUUACAAGUUCUUGGGGCUUUCUGUUGGCCUUGUGAAGAGCUCGCUUGAGCCGGAGGAAAGAAAAGCAGCAUAUGCAUGUGAUAUUACCUACGGCAAUAAUUCGGAAUUCAUUUUUGACUACUUGCGGGAUCACACCUGUUCGACAAAGGAAGAAAUGGUUAUGCGCUGGCCGCGUCCUUUGCACUUUGCUGUUGUGGAUGAGAUAGACUCGGUGCUGAUUGACGAGGGAAGAAAUCCUUUUUUACUCAGCUCAGAGUCUUCCAAAAAUGCUUCCCGGUAUCCUGUUGCAGCUGAAGUUGCCGAUUUUCUUAUCGUGGAUCGCCAUUAUACCGUUCAGCAAAAGCAGAAAACUGUGGAACUUACUGAGGAGGGUGUCGCUAUGGCUGAACUUGCUCUCGGCAUUGAAAAUCUGUGGGAUGGAAAGGAUCCCUGGGCACGGUUUGUCGUGACGGCUUUGAAGGCCAAAGAGUGUUACUUUCGUGAUGUAGAUUACAUCGUUAGGGACGGGAAAGUGCAGAUUGUCGACGAGUUUACUGGUCGCGUGGCUACUAAUAGACGCUGGUCUGAUGGAAUUCAUCAAGCUGUCGAGGCAAAAGAAGGCGUGAAAAUAAAUCCGGAAACUGUUAUGUCUGCUCAUAUGACGUAUCAAUCGUACUUCAAGCUUUACUCCAAGGUUUCAGGGAUGACGGGCACUGCCAAGACUGAGGAAAAGGAAUUUCUGAAACUCUUCAACAUGCCUGUUGUUGAAGUACCUACAAAUCUACCCAACAUACGCGUGGACUUGCCUUUACAUAUUUUCCCGACUGCUCGUGGAAAAUGGAGAAGAGUACGGGAAGAAAUCGAAAUAAUGCAUGCUCAAGGUCGUCCUGUUCUAGUAGGAACGACGAGCGUAGAAGAAUCGGAACUUCUUUCAGCGUUACUACAUGAACACAAUAUUCCCCACAAUGUUCUAAACGCUCGUGCAAAGUACGCGGCUAGAGAAGCCGAGAUAGUUGCUCAAGCUGGGAGGAAAAGCGCAAUAACGAUCGCCACAAACAUGGCGGGGCGUGGAACGGAUAUUAUACUCGGUGGGAAUCCUGAGAUGCUUGCCAAAGAGAUCCUUCAGCGGAGAAUACUCCCUUUUAUGGCUUCUGAUUCUCCGGAUGUUGAAACAGAUGGAGCUCCACUUUCGCAAAAGGGGUUAUCGACUAUAAAGCUUAGUGGUGUUUCUUUUAGCAGAAUAUUCAGGGCUUGCGCUGCAGCAAAAGUUGUGUGUGGAAGUGGUGGUGAAGUCUUUAGUUAUCGUGAGGCGAAGGACAAGCUACUCUACGUAUUCAAUAAUGCUCGUUUCGAGGACGAAGAUCGGCUAAUCGAUCUUGCGAGCGGAAGCGGUGCAGAGACGCUUUCACUUGGCCCCAGUAUAGCUCUGGCUUGUCUUUCUGUUCUACGAGACUGCCGAGCUUACUGUUUGCUAGAAGGAAACGAGGUGAAACGAUUGGGUGGCCUUCAUGUCAUCGGUACAGCUUUGCAUGAGUCGCGUCGGAUUGACAAUCAAUUGCGGGGCAGAGCUGGAAGGCAAGGGGAUCCAGGCUCUACUAGAUUCAUGAUAAGCUUUGAGGAUGAUAUGCUACAAAAGUAUGGUGGUGAACUAGCGUAUAAGCUGAUGAAAGCAGUAGGCGUUGAAGAUGUGGAUGUUGGCUCCGGCAUAACAAGACAUCAGGUGUUGUCUAUUCAAACAAGCGUUGAGAAGUAUUUCUCGGGAGUCAGGAGACACAUGGUAGAAUAUGACGCAGUUUUGGAGGUGCACAGGAGUCACGUUUUCAAGCUCCGAGAGGCCUUUGUUAUGGGGACGUUUGACUCGUGCCAACAACUGUUCUACCAAUAUAUCCAGGGUGUUGCUGACGAGAUGGUGCUAAACCACGUCGAUCCCACAAAGCCACCGAGAAACUGGAACCUCGAAGGCUUUCUGGACGAGUUUGACGACUUCGCUUCUGUCACCUUCGCAUUCCCUCGCGGUUCACAUCUGCUCUCUAAUGUAACGAAAGAAACGAUCGUGUCGGCCCUGUCCACCUCCCGGCUCAUGAAAGAACUCCCAGGCUUGCCUCCAACGGGCUUGGAUGCGGGUGACAGCCCCAUGAAAGCAGCGUCCUUGAGCCGAUGGAAACGAGAUGACUUUUUGCCGAGCGGGAGACACUGCCAGGAACUAGAUUCUUUCCGGAGAUACGUUGGUGAUAUACUCAUCGCCGAGUACCAGAGAAAGCUCGAAAGCAUCCAGGAAUUCCGGGAGGACGCCAACCAAGUCGAGAGAUCUGUGGCGAUCAGUGCUCUGGACUACUUCUGGAGAAUGCAUCUCGCCAACAUGAGCAGGCUUUCAUCCGCCGUCCAAAUCACAGGCUUUGGCCACAUGAAUCCUCUGGACGAGUAUAAACUCGACGGCGCGCGAUUCUUCAUCAAGAUGCUCAGCGCUGCGAGACGAAUGACGGUGGAAUCGCUACUCAAGCCGUGGGCCGACUAGCGCCACGUCAGCGGCUGACGCGGCCGCGACUUUUGCACGUGGCAUUCUCCCGUUGGCUCGCAUUUGUGGGGACGCAUGUGGGCCAAUCACCUCCAUUUUGUAGGGUGACCGAGCGUGGGUGUAGAAAAACCCCAGUGGGUUUCGCCAAUAUAUUCCAAGCGCUCCA